AUGCGGCUGAGCGGACCCCCAAAAAAGCGGCGAGACGCCGCCCCGAACCGCAUCCCGCCAAUGUGGACAUCGGCCAGGGCCCCGGCGGUGACCCCGCCCGUGUGGCGGUUUCCGCCGCUGCGCUCGCCCUUCUUCGUACCUGCACCUUUCCUCGCCGGCGGCGCUGAUGGAGGACCUCCGCCGUCCAUGUCACAAGGCGGUAGUGGCGGCGCCGCGGCUGCCGCAGCGGCCGCCAAGAGGGACAAAGCCAAGAUCGUCCAGUUCGAAUGGAACGGCUGCACCUUCUACCGCUACAUCCCGGAUGGCGGCAAGCUGGGAGGAGGACGCCUGAUGCCGGGUGAGCCUCCUUUCGGCAGGCCUCGGGGCUUCGAGUGGCAACAGAGGGGACCCCGGUCGCAGAGUCGACGUCGCAAGCAGGUAGUACCGCCGCUCCGCGCGGCGCCCACCGCCCCGCCCUGGUCAACCCCUGGACUGCCCGAGCGUAAGCCGUACGGGGCGGCUCCGUUCCGAACUCGGGACAACCCCAGGAUUCCGCGCAAGGACAACAAGGCUCCUUCAAGCCAUCUGCACCUGCCACCGUUCCUGGUGGGACCGGCAGCGGCGGCUGACAAGCCGACGACGUCUGGGUCUUCGACCAAGAGCCAGUCGCCGGCUUCGACAACGUCGAACCUAUUGGGCCCGCCACCGAGAUCGGGCAUCUUCCAGUGCAGACCCAAGGACACCGCGUUUCCAUUCUCCGUGAGGUCCUACAGGACCCCGGACGACUGCCUGCCGCCUCUGCAGCCCAAGCGAGAAACCGCGCAGACCAAGGCCAAGCCGACUGGCAUGACAAUCCACAGGUCUCAGGAGAUUCCCGAGUCCGAUUUGUUGGGAGCCAAGCCGAAGAGACCGCUUCGGAUGACAACGACCGUGAAGCCAGAACGUUCCGCGAGCUCCACGUACAGUAACGCUAGCAGCAGCAAUAAGACAUUCUCGAGGGCACCGCCCUUCAGGAAUAACCCACGAGUCUACAGUUCUACCGUGCUUAAGGAUUUCAACCUGGCCGGAAAGCAGGACCUGGCAGAGAAUCCGUCCGGAGACAGAGGCCCCCUGGUCAUGGCGACGCCUAAGCGCGACUCGCCGCCCAAAGAGCAGCGCAGGCCGGAAAGAAGAGUGCGCUACAAGGCCGAGAUUGUGGGCUCCAACAUCAUCGUAACGCGGGAGGAAGCCAGUCCCGACAAAAAGCAGGAAGGCGCUUUCGACUGCUCUAAAGCCUUUGCCAUCGAGCGACAGGUCUCCAAGGUCAAAGAAGGAGAGUUCUCAAAGGGAGAAUCCUCAAAGAGUAUUUCUGCUGCUAAAGAACCACCGAUAACGAGUUCAGAGGAGGAGACUGCGGUCAUGAAUCAAUCUCUUGAGGCUGACUUAAAGACAGGCCAAGGGGCUGAAGGCCUCAACCCGGCGAAAGCAGACGCGUUCACACAGCUUUCAGAUGAUUUUGCCACCAAUGUUGGAGACAAGCUCGUUUGUCCCAGACAGCUGACACUAGCCAAGAUAGACAUUUUGUCGCCAGCUGAUAGCGAAGACGACGGCAAGUUUCGAAGUGUUUCGGUUCAAACCCGAACUUCCGACACGCCGUCGGAGAUGCAGCUUCUUAGCCCGGGCACGGAAACAGAAGGCAGCAGGUCUGACGACAAAGACUGGGAUUCCACCGAAAAGCCGCACCCUCUUGACGACGCAGAUAUGUUCGCUGACCGCUACCGGCAGCUCACGGACGAGGAACGAAACUGUAUGUCCGAAGAUCCUCCCACAAGCAGCUCUGAGAUCUACUUGGACAGCCUCGUAUCGAACGGCACGUCGUCGUCGUCGCCCAAGGACGACGCCCAAGGUAAGUUGAGAAGGAAUGGCACCGACGGAAAGACUGACCGGACGGCGCUCCUAAUGGAAGAUCUCGACAUACUUCUCAAGGACUGCAGCCCAAUUAAAAGUGCCGACGAAAAGAGUUCUUGCGAGUCUAAUCCUAACACUUCUUCGACGCCGUGUCUGGAUCCGAUCAGCAACGACGACUCCGGCAGUUCGAGGGAUGAGUUCCUUGAGGUGCCCAAGCUCGCAAAAGACUUGGGGGACACUAUCUCGACCACCAGCGAUGUCAUCCUAAUCAACUUUGCCGAGGACACGACAACCUUAAAAGAGCACCUGGACGGGAUCGUAGCCGAUUACAAAUCUAAGGCGGGGAUCGACACCGCAGAUUCGGGAUGCAAUGACCUCAACGUGCUGGAAAGUUACGCUGGAUCAUCUCUGGCGGAGUCUAACGCACCUGUUCUCAAGCCGGCCGAUGUUUCACCCGUGCUCCACGACGCCGCUCUAGAAGACGCCGCAGCAGGAGACGACAGCCAGGAUGGUCGGCAGGGGUGUCCGCCUCCAAUGAAAACUCAGCAGAGAGAAGUAAUCUCUGACAGAGGAGACCAGAGGAGCCUAGAGUAUACCGGUUACACCGUAGCACACGGGUCGGGACCCGGUGUGACUGGCAGCAGUGACGAGAGCAAGAGCUACUGUAACAGUUGCGGAGUGUACAGUCCUUGCUGCAACUCGAUGGACAGCGAGGGCGUGGUCAGGGUUUGCUCUUGCAAGACUAGGCUCGCCAGAAAGAGAGACGUGUGCAAGGCGGUGGCCGACGUGGCCCUGAAGGAAGAGUACCGUGACCCGGAAAUCGUCCCUUGUUUUGCGGAGGAAAGUGUCGAGUACCUCCUCUUGGAAAGCGAGGAAGAGGAGUACGAAGAGGUGAAGCGCCGGGUGGCCCCAGGCCAGCCGGGGGAAGAGCGCAAGAGGUAUCCAGAGAACAGCAACAGUUGGAACAAGAGAGAUACGAUCUCCGAUCAGGAGCCGGAGCAGAACGAAGCCGGGGCUUCGCGAGGACUCAUCUACGACUGCCCGUGGUGGAUCCACGACCACGCCGAAGACGCCAUGUGCAAGAAACUCGUAAAGGAAGACAGCAGCAGCGUUGGAUUCACGCGAGAACUCGCGCCCGCGGCCCUAAACCCGUGGUCACUUUUGAACGCGCAGAACAAGGAGUCCGGCCUCGACUGCGGCGGGCCGUCGGGAGAAGGAACCAAUCCGUGGAUCCCGUUCCUCGCAGGACCCAAGGUCGGGGUGAUGAUGUCUUCCGGAGACCACCACGGAUCCGCAGAGGCCCGUCCUACCCGCUCGGACGCCGACUUCAGCACCCUCUACAUGGAGGGACAGCCCCGAAAGCCGCUUCUCAAGCAACACUGGGCUCCGCUCAACAUGACCCCCGAAGAGCUGCGAGCGCGCGGCUUGGACCGGGACUCGUUGUCCUUCUACGAGUUCCCGAUGAACGAGCAGCAGGACACGCACGCGCAGUCGCUCAGCCUGGAGACCCUGGUGGGGUCGAACCAUCAAGACGCGGCAUCCACGUCACCAGCCGAAGGAGGACGGCUCGCCGAGGGAGAACUGAGGCGCGGUUCCCUCAACGGCAAGGCGACCGGGAGUCCGUCAGACUCUCAGUACUGCGAGGUGGAGUUGUACGCGCCCGUGAACAAGAGCGGGCCAGCCGUGUGCACCGUGGUCGUGCCGUCGCACCCGACUUCGGACGCGGACGGCAGCAAGGGUGAUGUCCUGGUGGAUGGAGGACCCGGGGCAUCGACGCCUCCUGACGACGUGGUCGACUCGUGCGGUGACAAGAAGGCCGCGGAGAACAAGCCGAUGGGGAAGAUACGCACCCGUUUCCGCGAUUUCUUCUGGAAGCACAAGUAG